UUGGUUCUUGAUUUUUUCUCUCGAGGGCACUAAAAGUGUUUAAAGGCCACUGCCAAAAAACGGCACGCACCACGCACGCGUCGAGUUGCCUGUUCAUCGCGAUUUGAUCGAGAUUGGAUCAACUGGACGUGAGAUGAAACAUGGCAGCGACAACAGAUCCCUUCGAUUCUUGGCUGAGUGAAAAAUUGCAAGCGUUAAAUACGGACGAGGGAGUUUUCGGUUCGUACAUCAAAGGGAUAUUAGAAGGAGAUGAAACUGAUAGCGAGAAAUCAGAAGCUCUUGAGGGAAUCCUUACCGGCGUAACGGAGAAUAACAUCGAAAAACAUGUUUCGGAAAUUCUGGCAACAUGGGCUGAUCUUUCGUUGAAAAAUGCGUCGACAACUGAAGUCUUAAGCCCAGCAGAAGACGUUGAUGUGAGACUCGUAAGGAUGCUUGAAUCUCAAAGCCUGCCAACGACUACAAUGAGAAGCUACACAGAAGAAGAGAGAAGAAUUAGGGAAGCGAUUCUUGCACAGUACAGUCAAAUGUCUGAUAAUGAAGAAAGCGAAGGUGAAGGUAAAGAAGAAGGUGCUGUCGGUGGGGAUUGCGGAAUAGAAAAGAACAUGAACGCCGCCGUUAUCGCUCACCAGGAACGAGAAAGACGAGAACGAGCUAAACUUGAAAGUCAGAAAAAAAAGGACAAGGACAAGGAGGAUCGGGAGAAGCAAAAGCAGCUCAAAGAGGAGAAAAAGGAAAAACGCAAGCCUCAGAAGGGUGAACGUCGCAGGUAGCACAUAACAUUUGUAGAAAUAACACGCUAUUGUUAUGACAAAAUAUUGCGCAAUACUCUUGCCCAAAAUUACGUAUGGAUGCAACAACAGAUGUCCAUAUCCCUAGCCCUGGAACCCAUAUAUGUAUGUUUGUAAUAAAUAUUUAUUCUUGUGCAUGCAUCCAGUUAGUGACUUCAUUAUGAUAAUUACGUAGGAAGAAAUCGUAAUUAGGUGCUCUCAGUUGCAAAUAUUGUACUUCUAUAGUCCUGUAUACAACAUUACAUGCUUAACAAGGUUAGGCAAUCUUCUGUGAUCGGCGAUAAGCAUAGGAAACUAUAAAAUCAACCCAACGCUUACUUUUUAAUUUUUACAGUCGCCAACAAAAUAUUUAGGCUGGCGAACAUUUUGAAUCUGAAAUUUCACGCUAUGAUAAUGGACUUUUUUGUAGAAACUAGGGCUCUGUAAUGCCUUGGCUUGUUCUUUAAGCUCAAAUAAAUUUUCAAAGUUUUCGUUUAGAACUGUGCCGAAUCAUGAUUCUGCAAUUAUACGUGUCGUAUGUUGAUAUGUAUGUACGUAGCCUAGUCAUAGAGAAAUCUUGAUAUGAAAAUAGAAAAUCCAAUUGAAAUUCUAAAUUAGAAAACUAAUACUUUGUGACAGCGAUAACAAAAAGUCAAAUAUGUUAAAAAUGGUAAUAAUGACGCGAUGAUUUGAAAUUUUCAAAUACCCAUCUGCGCACAUACAAUCCUAUAAUUAACGAGUAGCAAAAUUUUAAUUUUCUCCAAAGAAACAUAGUCAAUUCGAAAAAAAAACUUUUAGGUAAAAAAUUAGAAUUUUCUUGAAAAGUUGGUUAUUCGACACUGAUCGAUUGCCGCUGGAUGUAUUAUACGUAAAUAUAACUAUAAAUGUUACAGGUUUUUUUGAAUAUCUAUACUUUUUUCCUCUGGAGAAAAAUUAUGAACUCUGGAUGAAUCUGUUUAGAAUUUUCGACGAGGCAUCUAAGGCACGUUGUAAUGAUGCUGCAAAAAAAAAAAAUGAAUCGAAAAAAAAACGUCAAUUGGUUAUUUGUGACUUUUCUCCCGCAUUUUACGAGGAAAAGUAAAUUUGCGGGACAAAAAGUAAAUUAGCGGGACGAAAAGUGGUCUUUACAGUCGAGUCGGGAAUGAAGUCUUAUAUGCCACGCAGGAGUAAAGCUAAUCAUUCCCUCGGACUUACUGCCCUCCCGAAAAUUCCCUCGAGUGAAUACUGCCAGAGCGAAGCGAGGGCAGUAAACUCACCCUCAGGAAUUUUGCUCGGGCAGUACAGUCGUCCGCGGUAAUAAACUGCAGCUUUAUUCCCUUGUUGCAUAAUGUACUAUUUAGCUUGGGAAUUCAAAUUCAUGAAUUAUUAACUUCUGGAAAUAACCAAAUUACGAUCGGUUUACGAAUGCCUUGAUUCUAUGAGAAGUUUUUCUGAUCAAUAAAAUGAAAAAGAUACCAAAGUGAAUAUGAUUUUUCAAGUUUAAUUAAAAUAAUUCACCUUGUCCUUGAAUAGCAAAAGUGAUAACCUUCUAUCAUAUUCCGAUUCAGAAAGUGCUUGGUUCCAUCUCGUUAUAGGAAGAGUAAUCAUUCAAUCAAUAAUUCUACAAUCUGCAUUAUAAUGCGGCGAUGUAUCAUAAACAUUGUUGAUCUGUCAAUAAAUAUGAGUCACCUUCGA